AUGGCCAAGUCGCUCCGUUCCAAGGCCAAGCUCGCCGCGCGCAAGCGCAAGGCCACCGAGUCCCACUACGCCGUCGCCGAGGCUGCCCGUACCGCUCGUGUCUCCGCCAAGCUCCUCAAGAAGGACGAGAACGCCAUGGACGCCGAGGGCGGCGAAGAGGAGGGUGACGCCGAGAUGAAGGAGGGUGAGUUUGCCCGAGGAAGUUCUGGAACUGACAUGCAGAGCGCAAGAUCUCCACCUCUGGUCCCCGCGAGAGCCGAAGAGAGCAGUGGCGCGUCAGCAAGGGUAUGGACGCUCGCCCGAAGCUCUCGCGCACCAAGGCUGGCCGCACCAAGCGCCGCCGCUAAGCUGUCGCUCGACUUUCGAACUCUUGCGGACAUUCGUGUUAGACAUUAG